GGAGAUGAAGAGAUCGAAUCCAACAAAACCCACCAAACCAAGCUACCAUAUCUUCCCCUCUUUAUCAAUAUCCCACAUCACCUUUGUUGUACCUGUUUGAUUUCUUAAUUCCUCCAAAAAAACAACCACAAGAUUCUGUCAUCAUGGUUGGUCUUUUUUCAAGGUUUUCCGUCAGCAGAAACGGGCUUCAUCGUCGUUCCCAGAGUACACUUGACGAAAGGGAAGCUGUUCCUGUGGAUAUUGUUACUACAGAAUCGACAAGUGUCACAGGAGUUAUGUCGUCUUCUCAUCAUGGUAUCGAAGUAGCAGUCGAGUUUAAACCGGUUGAGCAUCCUACUGAGCCUCUUGACAUUGAUCAGCCCAUCCCGUGCCCAUUGCCCGAACCCUCAAUUCUUAAUGAUGGAAGAAUAUGGAAAGAGCGUGUAUCUGCAGGGGUGCAAAGGAGGACCGACUUGCCUAUAAUGCGGGAAGAAGCGCCUGCACCCGAGACGCCUAGAACAAAAUCACGACCUAGAACCAAUCGGAUGAUAUUACCAUCAAUCAGUGCACCUGAACAUAACAUUCUUAAACUCCUUGAAGAGUCCGGGAUGUAAUUUUAUGUCACCAGCAGUAGUUCAAAUUUCUAAAGCAUUUACUGUAUCUAAGAUUUCCUACACCCUGGUACAUUUUUUCGGCAUCAUCUCUAUAUUUAUAAUACCAAGACAUGAACACAAAGACGGACAAGCGGUAUUGUAUGUAAGCAUGUACAUACUCUAAAGUGAUCUUUACUGUUUAGUUUCUCAUGCUAGUAAUCGAUAUAUAUUGAUACGUUGUGUAAA